AGAGCACUACCAUUUUUUCAAAAAUCGACAAGAAUAGGAAUUGUGAAUAGGCACCUGUUGUAAGAGAACCUAUGUAUGAUUUUACAUUUGAUUCUGCAGUUACCUUUCGAAUUUCUCGGUCAUGUCCAGAUCCAGUACUAAGACUACGUACCCAUUUUUUCAAGAUCAUUAUAUAUCAUAUCUGUGAUUACGGACCGGUAGGUGCGCUGCGAGCGUGACGCGUGUGCGUCAAUAGGGUCGCGCGCGAACAACAACAACAUGAUAAUGAUAAUAGUGAUUACUUGUAACUUGUUUGCACUUUUAUCGGACCAACAAGAUGAUAGUUGAACCGGAAAAACUGACCCCUGAAAGACCGCUGAGGCGGCGUGCCUCAGUGACUUCCAGCGGUGAGGCACACCAUGUGCCAGUUGCAUUUACAAAUCUCAGCUACGAGGUCGAUGUGAAGAAAAGAGAAGCGAAUCCAGCUGGGAAAAUGAAGAUCCUGCAGAACAUGACUGGUUGUUUCCGGGCUGGCCGCUUGACAUUAAGGCCUCGUUCGACCUAAUCUUCGAAUUCUCGGCAACACCAAGUGCAAUGUUCGGAUUAAUGUAACGUACUAUUACUAGGGAAACGCAGCCUAUAAUAUCGCUGCACUUGGUUAGAGAGAAUGAAUUAUGAUGUGCACCACAUACACGAGGACGAGCUCUAAUCAUCGUGUUGAUGGGGCCAUCGGGAAGUGGGAAGACAACGCUGAUGUUUAAGGCCCUACAGUAAUUCCAAUCGAUCACGAACGGUUUUUCAUGACAGUUCAUGUUGAACUUGGACGUCGACCUCCUCAAUAGGUACUCAUGCAAGGUCCUUUGAUUUUUAACAUGAUACUUACAUACAACAUGGACUUCGUAUGUUCAAAUUUGUGACCUUCUCGCUAUGCGGAAAACGAUUGAUAAAGGAAAGAGCCGCAUUACCAGUGAAAAAAUUGUCUAUGGUGGCCAGACGAUGACCAAAGAGUCACCGCACAUGGUAACCGGUUACGCAGAACAUCAAAUUGACACUUUUAUGCUCCAGUUGGAUCUUGACUUUGGUGUGUGUGUGACAAUAAAGCACCGUGGUCCCUCACUAUGAUCCUACUCCACUUGAUUUUGAUACUCUGCUAUUUGUAUUGAGUUACUGUAGGAGUUUGUAAAAAAAUUAGUUCUCCCUGAACCUGAGAGGAAAGGCGUUGUAUUUACCGCGUCUAUCCUAGAAGUGUGCAGUCUGAUAGCGAGAAGAUCCCUGGUCUUCACCGUUAUAUUGUCACUCUUUCAUUCUUCUGGCUUAGCGAGCUCACAGUGGAACAGAUGUUGCUCUACACGGCCGAACGGAAACUGCCCAAGUCUUGGACUGAUUCUGACGAGAAGAUCCGCGAACUAGUUGCCAGCGUUAUCAAGAAGCUUUCUCUGCAAUCCUGCAAGGAUACGAAGAUCGGAAGUGUGUUGCAACUUAAGACUUCCGGAAAUCCAUCUUCAGGAGCAUCUUGGACCUCCCGCGUAAGGGGGAAACUGGUCCAAGAUGACUUUCAAGAUGGAUCCAUUCCCGGAAGGUCUAAGCAAUGCGGAAUUUCUGGUGGGCAAGCGAAGCGUCGCAGGUGA